UGGCAGUGACAGGGAGCAGGGACAGACCUGCAGAGCUGCCCCUCGCGCAGGGGACCUGGCCUUAGCAGUCAACAUCUAAAUUCCUGUCUUUAAAAGCAGGUCAAAAGCCCAACCCUGCUGACGUAAGGAGCUGGAGGAUAAAUGCUUUGAGGACUGGGAGAAGGUUUUUGCUUCCCAGGCCUUGGGAACCUGGUUGGGUGGAUCUGGUGGAGCCAGGGCUGAAAUUUGGGGUGCAGCCCAUGGGGGAAAGCCCCACAGCCAGCCCGGGGAGCCUGAGCUGGCUCAGAUGGGUUUGGGGCAGCAGGAAACCCACCCGCAAAGCCAGCUUGAGCAUCUGCAGUCCCUCGUACCCUAGGCAGGAGGAGCCAGAGCCAGGCUGGGGCUGCCGGAGCCGCAGGGGCUCCAGGGAGAGGGGGAAUUACAUAGAGAAAAGCAAAAUUCAUCCCCAUAAUUAACCUGUGCUGAAAAUAAUCAGUGGCUAAUUUUAUGUCUUUAUGAUUGCCUUUUAACUGCGACUUAUUAAAAGACAGGGAGAAAGAAGAUUAUGUCCUGGUGGGAGGAUAAAUGAGCGUUACCAUAGCAGCCAGGGGAUGCUGCAGCACAGCUCGGGCCGGCUGGACCACAAACCGCAGCAGAAACCCGGGGCUGGCCAGGGCACUGUGACCCAGCCGAGCCGACAGCCUGGGAAGUCAAAGAGGAUAGAUUUAAGUUAUCGGGCCAAAGCCAGCGAGUCAAUAUUUAGCCUGGACACGGAGCCCAGCCCUGUGCAGCCGGACCCCUGUCCAUCACGCUGCUCCACUGCCCUCCGCAGCUCUUUUCCCUCUGCCUGGUCUCACAGCCGGAUCGUGUUUCCCUCCGUCCCAGAGACGCUUUUAUCAGUCUCAGGGCAGGGAGAAGCUGGGAUUUUUGGGGGGUUUCAAGGGAUUAGGAAAGAAUUUGCCUCUGGGAAUCUCUUUCCUCCAUCUGCGUGGGAUAAAUUGUGCGAUGGCCAUGGAGGCUUUGCAGCUCGGUGGGGAACUGCUCAGAUCUAAACAUGUGGAGGCAAAAACCCUGCUAGUCCCUCCCCACUGCAGAACUGGGUGUUGAAAAGCCCAGGAGAGGAUGGGAAGAGCUCUCUGUCCCAUGGUCCCAAGCAGGAACGAAGCAGAAGGACGUUUUGCCUGGGUUCUGUGUGUGCAGACAUUGCCAAUUCAACCCCUGGGUUCUUUCCUUACUGCCGAGGGGCAGGACAAGCGUCCGAACCUGCAAGCGCCGCGGAAAACAUUAUUAACUGGGAGCAGCAGGGAUUUUUUAUUUGGCCUGUUUAUGAUUUUCUGCUUUCAUUAUGUUGCUAUAAAGCAAACAUGCUUUGCCGUUAACAGCCCUGACCUUACUGGAGCGGGAGUACAGCUGGGGAAGCGACCCUUGGUGUGCACACCGCAGCCCUGGCACGGCGCAGGGGCUUCGCUUCCAGCUCCUGCCCUUCCUGCGUCUGCUGCAGCUUCUGCAGCGCAUUAUUUAUACCGCAGCAGAGCUCGCAGCGUGCUCAGUCCUGUCUCUGCCAAAGAGGGGAAAUCCCUGCCCUGGAAAGCAGAUGGCUGCUCCCGAGUUCAUUCGCUUCGUGGCGCUAAAGCAGGACCAUGACCUGGUGCCACCGGGUGGCCAGACCCCUGGACAAAGAGUCCCCUCUGAGAUGCCAGUGCUCACUUUAAUACUCCUGUAAAUCUUGCAAAGCCCUUUUAUACCUCUGCUAAAGAAAAACGCCAGUGCUGCAGAUGUGAAACAUCACGGCGUCAGUAUUUUUGUACCUGAAGCCUUUCAGAAGUGUCUCUCCUUAGGAGAGGUGUCCCCAAAGCAGGACUCCUCCAAGAUGCGUAGGCGAGGUUCUUAGGGGCAUGGUUCAGAGGUGGACUUGGCAGUGUUAACGGUUGGGCUUGAUGAUCUUUUCCAAGGUCUUUUCCAAGCAAAACAAUUCCAUGAUUCCAAGAUGUGCUGCACCACAUGCCCUGGGGACAGGAGCUUCUCCCCCAGCCCGUGCUGAGCUGGGGACUCUGGGUGCCCUUGCACAGGCACUGCCAGAGCCCGGUGGUCCUUUUCGGCUCCCCAGAAGAGUGAUGCUUCAUCUCCUCGUCCUGCAGCGAGGACCACAUCCCCACAUCCCUGCCUGCCUCCCCAGGUAGUGCCUGUGGCUGCGCUGGGCUGCUGGAGACCUGGCUGCAGGAGCAGGUACCGCAGGGAGGUUGGAGGCGUCGGAGGGCGAAGCAGCUGCUCUAAACACAGGCAGAAGUGGUUGUCACCAAGAUUGUGUAAGCACGGCUGGUUCCAGGGGAUUGCUCCUCCUCUCUGUCCUGUACCACUUGCUUAACUUCUUCAUGUUACACCUUCUGAGCAGCCUGCACUGGGUGACCACAUAGCAAGGGUUGGACUGGAUGAGCUUUGAUGUCCCUUCAACCCAAACUAUUCCAUGAUUUCUACCUCUCUACUGGCUCGGAUUUGGGGAGCCCCCUCUCUGGGGGCUGCUCGUGAAGGCACAAGCUGCAUCCCAGUUCGGCAGCUGUUGCUGUAUAUUAUCCCAGAGCGCUGCAGCCAGCCGGGGGGCUGGAGGCGAGACGGAGGUGAUCGAGCCCCAGCAGAUGCUGACGGGCCGGUGAGCAGCGACGGAGAGAGCGGUGCAGCCCAUGGGCUAGAGGAGGCCAGGGCCCCGCUUGGUGUCUCUGAGCAGGAUCUGGACGAGCCUGAGCUGAGUAUGCCAGAGCCGGCGCCACUCGGUGCAGACAAGAAAGCGGCGGAGAAGAAGCGAGUGGAGAAGGUGGGAGCAAAAGGCAGCGCUGCCGGCCCUCCAGUCCCCAGGAGCCUCCCGGUGCAGAGGAAGGUGGAGCCCCCCGGGCUGGACCCCGCAGAGGAGCCGCUGCUCUGGGAAGGGCUCACCCUCAACAAGUGCAUCCUGGUGGCCUCGGUCGUCGCCCUGCUCAGCGUCACUUUCCAGGUGCUCCAAGCGCCGUGCUCCAGAGAUGGAGUCAGCCCGGGCAGGCAGGACCCUCCGCCACCUCCCCUGCACGAGGUGGUCAGCGCCGAAGAGGAGGAGGUCCAAGAAGUGGUGAUGGCCCAGCCUGCCCAUCCGGAGAGCAGCAUGUUCAAGGAUGAUGAUGGUGACGGCGACGACGGUGACGAUGACAGUGAUGAUGAUGAUGAUGAUGAAGCUGACAGCAACCUGGCAGAGCCCUGGAUCUUCAAGAAGUGGUUUGGCCGCUCGACACCGGAGGAUGAGGAUGAAGAGCCUGUGGAUGUUCCUGAAGUGCCACUAGCUGUGACAGAGGUGAAAAAGAGUCAGGAGAAGAAGCCAGAGAAGACGGAGAAGGAGGAGAAGCUGGAGAAGGAGGACAAAGCCCGGGAGAAACCAGAGAAGGAGGAGAAGGAGGACACACCAGAGGAGGAGGAGAAGGAGGAGAAGCCCCGGGAGAAGAAGAAGAAGAAGAAGGAGGAGAAGGGCCGGGAGCGCCGUGCCACCCAGGAGUGGAGCAGCCGCAGGGAGGCAGGAGCCAAGGACAGGGCGCUGGGGGACAGGCCCGGCAGAGCCCUCAGGGCCCCCCGGGAGCCCAAGCAGCCGCCCCAGAAGCAGCGGGGCCGGGAGGGGAGGGAGAGGCGGCGGGAGCGGGACGAGCCCCGGCGGGAGGGCUGGAAGGGCCGUCCGGGCAGGGCCGAGGGCGGCAGGGAGAGCCCGACGCGGGACUGGCGGCAGCACAAGGGCAGGAGGCCCUGGGAGCCGGCGGCCACGCCGGGGCGGGAGGGGACAGCCCGGCACAGGGAGGGCAAGAGGCGCGACUGAGGCUGGGGCAACCAGGGGCUCGAUGGUGCCGAAUCCGGGGGGGUCCAGCCCGCUGUCAGCCCGGUGAGGGUCACCAGAGACACCCCAGCUGGCAGCACAGGCUCCAGGACCCCCAGGCAGCAGCAGAGCAGCCGGGAGCCCGACACGAGCCCCCCAGGGACUCUGGGCCCCCCUGGAUUCGAUGCACAAAGGCAACCCGAAAGGCCCGGGGGAAGGAGCUUCUCAUCUGGGCUUCGCGUUAUUUCUCCAUCCCCACCUGAAACCUCUUGUAUUUCACUUCCACUCGUGGUCCCCGAGGCACCGGGGGGGCACAGGGAUCCCAGUGAACAGAGUUUGUCUCCAGACUGUGUAGCUUUUGAAUUCAGUGAAUGGUUUUAUUUAAAGCAAGUCAAGAGAGAAGUGUAUUCUGUAUUCUGAGGCAUGUCGGGAACAAGCACCGCGCUCUCACCAGGCCCUGGUGCCACUGUCACAGGGUGGCGCGAAGCUGGUGACAAACCAGGGCUGGAGAGCCCGUCACCCGGGGGCCCCUCGGGCUUUGCCUUCACGGAGCUGCUUUUAGGAACGAAACACAAGUGCAAUAUCACACAGCGCUGAAGCAACUACAGGAGACGUUCACAGCCCCAACCCACGGCAGGUUUAAGUAUUUGCUAAAUCGAUAGAGGUUAAAAUAAACUAUUUUCAUUUUUAAUAAGA